GAUCAAUUGCAUUGGUAAUCUUAAUCAUUUCUUCUGAGAACUCUAUUUACUUCUUUAUUCAUGGGGAAAACUUUAUCAUUUAUCUGUAGACAAUUUAUGCAAAUACAGCUACAUUUGUAUAGAUCUACAACAUGAUUCGUUUUAGUCAUUUUGCCUUUGUUCUGAAAUUUUUUUCAGCAGUCACUAUUCUUUAAUUGGUUAGAAAAUGACAGGGGGGAAAGGGUGGGGGGAGGUGAUUUGUCACUUCCUUUCCACCUACACACCAUGGGAAACCCUCCCUGGCCCACUGAAGUUAUGCUCAGUUAGAAUUCAAGGUGGUCUGAAUGGGAUUUACAGCUUAAAGAAUAAUGGGGGGAUAAGGAAUUGAGAUUAAUGGGAUGCUAAAAAUAUAAAAAAAUAAAAAUAAAGAAAAGAGAAAAAUGACAUAAAAAUUAAAGAAUACAGAAAUAAAGACCCCCUCCCUUCCAGCCCCUUAUUUAGGGGAGGUCUGAGGGGUAAGCUGGGUGUUAUUUAGUCUGAUAUUCAAAUCCAUUGAAGAUUUAUUAUCUUUUCAGAAAUUGAUCUACAACUUUUCUAAACUUACACCAUUACCAGUAUAUACAUCUAUAACAACAGCAUAUAAAAUGUUUACUGGUAUAAAAAAAAACAUGUCUGCAGUAACUUAGACAAACAGUAAUAUACAUUACAUCCUUAAGCUUAAUAUGGUAAAUGGGACAAACAGUAUUACACAUAUUAUAACCUAAAGCUUAAAGCAUCGAUUGUUAUGACAACUUUGCACAGAAUUUCUAGCUUUGUUUAUUUUUUAUGGAUAGAGAGUUAUUGUAUUAAUUCAAUCAAAAACAUUUUUCAAUACAAGAUAAUACAAUCAAUUUUUGACUAAGCCUAAAAACAGCAAAUCAGAGUCUCACAACAGGGAGAAAUUUGUAGUGUAUAAAAUCAAUACAAGAAACGAUUCAUUAUCCAGAUAACUGCUUGGUGAAUAUUGACUGAAAGUGCAUUGCUUGAAAUUCAAUAUUUUGUCACGGAAAUCCAUAGACAGUACUUUCAUCAUAAUUAGGUCUUGUGGUCAAUGGGAUAUUUAUGUGUUUAUAUAUUUAUGCAAAUUACCAGGUCAAAGGUUCUGGUUGCAAUGACAAAUGUCAGACUUCUGGGAGACUGUUAGAAAGGCAGUAUUGACUUUUUCUAAAGGGAUAGAUUUGCCUAAUUAUAGAUUAACGAUGGCCAAGAAAUUGAAGGCAGUGAAAUGUCCUACUGACGAUUUGUCAGUAACCAACUUUGCCAUUGUCAGUGACAAAGAUUUUGAUGAAAGAAAAGUCAAACAUGUUGAAGUAUACACAGCCCCACAUCAGAAAUACCUUUUUUCUAUUAAGUCCUUCCCUAGAAUGGCACAGGGAACCAUUGGGUUCAAUUUGAUGCAGAGAAAAUGGGCAAACUUAUCUCUGAAUCAGGAGUUAGAAGUGAAACCAGAACUGGUCAGUAGUAAAGCAGAAUCUGUUAAUACAAUCACUUUAGAGGUGGAUUUUCUACAAAAAAAACAUGCAAACCUUGACCCUUAUGACUCAGACAAGAUGGCAGCAGAGUUUACAAUGGCUUUCAAUGGGCAGGCCUUUUCUGUUGAACAGAUCAUGGCAUUCCAGUUUGGAGACAAAAAGCUGUUGGGUGUAUUUGUCAAGGAAAUGGAAGUGGUGGAUUUUACCAAUGUUCAACAGGGUGGACAGCCAACAUCUAGACGUGCUCCUAGAGGUUUACUGACACCAAACUCAACAGUUAUCUUUGAGAAAGCUGAAAAUUCUACUCUGAACUUGACUGGUAAAUCUAAAAGUAAACAAGCAUACACGUCAAUAAUAAACCCAGACUGGGACUUCAACAAGAUGGGAAUUGGUGGUUUGGACUCUGAAUUCUCAGCCAUUUUCAGGAGAGCUUUUGCUUCCAGAGUUUUCCCACCUGAAGUGGUAGAACAAAUUGGUAUUAAACAUGUAAAAGGUAUCCUUCUGUUUGGACCUCCUGGUACUGGAAAAACUCUGAUGGCUAGACAGAUAGGGAAAAUGUUGAAUGCCAGAGAACCCAAGAUUAUUAAUGGCCCACAGAUUUUAGACAAAUAUGUUGGAGAGUCAGAGGCUAAUGUUAGAAAACUAUUUGCUGAUGCUGAGGAAGAAGAAAAAAGGUGUGGUCCACAUAGUGGUUUACAUAUAAUUAUAUUUGAUGAGAUUGAUGCCAUAUGUAAAGCCAGAGGUUCAGUGGCAGGAAAUACAGGUGUCCAUGAUACAGUGGUCAAUCAGCUCCUAGCAAAGAUUGAUGGUGUUGAUCAACUCAAUAAUAUUUUAGUUAUAGGUAUGACAAACAGAAAAGAUAUGAUAGACGAAGCUCUGUUAAGACCAGGAAGAUUAGAAGUUCAAAUGGAAAUAGGUUUACCAGAUGAGCAUGGAAGAAUGCAGAUAUUAAAUAUACACACCACUACGAUGAGAGAAAAUGGUAAAAUGGCGCCAGAUGUAGAAAUCAAAGAAUUAUCAGCUUUGACGAAAAAUUUCAGUGGAGCUGAAAUUGAAGGUCUGGUAAAAGCAGCAACUUCUACUGCAAUGAAUAGACUUAUCAAAGCUUCUUCUAAAGUUGAAGUAGAUCCUGAGGCCAUGGAGAAAAUUCUAGUGACCAGGAAAGAUUUUAUGCAUGCACUUGAAAAUGAUGUUAAACCGGCUUUUGGAAGCAGUAAAGAAGAGUUUGAAAAAUAUAUAAUGAAUGGUAUAAUUACAUGGGGAAGCCCUGUCUCCAGAUUGUUAGAGGAUGGCGAUCUAUUAAUAUCACAGUGUAGAAGUAGUACCAUGACACCAUUGGUUACUGUAUUGUUAGAAGGUCCACCAGGUAGUGGUAAGACAUCACUAGCAGCGCAGAUAGCUAAAAAUUCAGAUUUUCCAUUUGUUAAAAUCUGUUCUCCAGAAAAUAUGAUUGGUUUUACAGAGCCUGCGAAAUGUCAAAGUAUUAAAAAGCUGUUUGAUGAUGCCUAUAAAUCACCCUUAAGUUGCAUAAUAAUAGAUGAUAUAGAGAGAUUAUUAGAUUAUGUACCAAUUGGACCAAGAUUCUCUAAUUUAGUACUACAAGCUUUACUUGUUUUAUUAAAGAAACCACCACCACCAGGUAAAAAACUGUUGGUACUUGGUACAACAAGUAGAAAAGAUGUGUUGGAAGAAAUGGAAAUGUCAAAUGUAUUCAGUGCUAGACUACAUGUAUCUAACGUAUCAACUAGUGAACAUUUAAUGACAAUCUUAGAAAAUGUGGAUGCUUUCAAUGAAAAAGAAUUACAAAUCAUACAGAAGAAAACAGGUGGAAAAAGGUUGUGGAUAGGUAUAAAGAAGUUAUUAAUUCUCAUUGAGAUGGCAAGACAGAAUGAAGAAACACAAAGAAUUCCAAAGUUUUUAUGUUUGUUAGAAGAAGAAGCAGGAUUAGAAAUGUAGACUUUAUAAAAACAUUCCUUAUUGUAAAAUGUUAGUAAAAUUUAUGACUUUUGAAUUUUCAAAUUGGAUUUCCAAAUAUUGAUACUCAUUAGGUUUUAUCACCUACUGUAAAAUAAGCAUGGUUUCAAAUCUAUCAGGCUUAUAUUCUAAAGGAGAUAAUACAUUGUUUAGAUUGUAAAAAUUGAUAAAAUAUAUAUUUUGUUUCAAGAUGUUUCAGAAAGGUUUUUCUGACCUUUUUAUUGAUUUGUCGCCAAUGAUGCAUGGAACUGUGUCAUGUGUUUUUCACAAUAGGAACUUCUGAUCUGUUUGGAGACAUAAAUAUAAACACAUGCAUUUUACUAACAUACUGCGUUUUUAUGCCCCACCUAGGGGCAUUAUGUUUUUCGGUCUGUGCGUCCCUUCGUCUGUUCGUUCGUCCGACUGUCCCGCUCCAUGUUAAAGUUUUUGGUAAAGGUAGUUUUUGAUGAAGUUGAAGUCCAAUCAACUUGAAACUUAGUACACAUGUUCCUUAUGAUAUGAUCUUUCUAAUUUUAAUGCCAAAUUAGAGUUUUGACACCAAUUUCACGGUCCACUGAACAUAGAAAAUGAUAGUGCGAGUGGGGCAUCCGUGUACUAUGGACACAUUCUUGUUUUGUUUACACUGUAGAGAUCUCAGUCUUGUAAUUAUUAGAAAAUGAAUUACAGUCAAACCUGUAUAUUUAGAUCACCCAAGGGACUAAGAGAAAACGAACCUUAUAAGAACAGUGACCUUUGAAGUGAGGUUCAAAAUGCAUAGGCAUUUCUACAGCUGGACAAUAAGUAGGUGACCUUAUAUAGGGUUUUGUAAAAAUAGAGGUCAAUUUUAUAGAAGGUUUGACUUUUAAUGGGUUUAUAAAGUAAAUUUCAUCUUCAUUAACAAAAUAUAGCAUUUUAUUUCUUAUCGUCUCCUUUUUUAUAUGAGAGUGCAAUUUACUGUUAUAAGUAGAAUCCCUGUAUACGUUUUUUUCCAUCAUCAUUAUCAUCACCAGUAAUUUUAUUGAAAUUUAGAUGCAAGCUCACUUAGAAGGAAAAUUAUUAAAAUUUUGUUCUUUAUUGCAAUUCCAACAAAACAAAAAGUAAGUUAUUUCAUCUAUGAUUACAAAAGAAAUUCUCUUUUAGUCCAGAGAGUAUAACAUUCCAGCUUAUUGGUGCAUUGUAUUGGAAACCAAGGAUCAAAUUUGCAGUUUUUUUAAUAAAUUGUAUUUUUUCUAUUUUUCUUCUGUAAUUUACUGUCUACUGUAGAAAAAAAUGUAAUUAUUAUAAAUUUAUUUUUCUUUUCAUGUCAAUACUUUGUGAAAGAUAUGUAUUCCAUACAUAAUCAUAUUGAUCUUUAAACUUAAUAAAAAAGCUAAAAUCAUAAUGCAAAUCUAACUGAAAUAAAUCCUACAGUUUCUAACAACAGUAUUGUUCUUUUUUUUAACAAAGACUUUAUUUGUGUUUUUUUUAUUUCAAUGUGUUCGUUCUUUUCUAUUUCUUACAAGUUUUAAAAAGUUUACUAUGAAAUAAUUUUCAAAUAAAAGUUUGCUUGAUUAACCUAUGAUGUAAAACAUUUUAAAUAUUUUGCAAUUUGACUUAAUUCAUAAACUAAUUUAACAUUUUGUUAAUAAAAAAUCGCGACCAACUCAAAUUCUUAGCAAGUUUGAAAAUUUAAUUUAGAUACUCUUGUCUUGGUAUGAAAUGUAUAUUGUGUUUUGUCUAGACAGGUUAUAUUUGAAUUACUUUUUGCAUGGUGUAAAAAUAAUUGUGAAGCCAGUUAUUUGCAGAAUACUAAGUGCACUGGACUGAACCAGCAUGGGAAAGAGAUUCACUCUUACAAGCUAAAGGUUUUUGGCUUUACCCUGGUAAAACGUAUACCCCUCAACAAAUAAAAUUGACUGUCAUCAGAAUUUCAUCAUGAUGUUAUAUUGCAUUGUUGACUUUUCAUUUUUUUAUUUUUUUUAAAUGAAGAAAUUAAUCUUAUUCUGAAAAAGUGAUAUUCCCUGAUUGUUUAUUGGAAAAAUCAUUUGUUGAAUGCAGUUACCUCCCUUUAACAUAGAAUGUUUUAAUGAAUAUCCUCUCACUUUUACUAUGCUUAAAAUAUAAUGAUGUCUUUUUCUUUUGAAUGUAUGAAAUUUAAAAUUUGUAGAAUGAGAGAAGAGACAUGUUUUCCAGUAGUCAAAGUUGUUUACCUUAUGUUGGAAGAUGGUUUGUUUGAAAUAAUAAUUUAUUGAUUUCUUUUAUAAUAGUCUUGUGCAAUAAAAUUUAUAACCAAACAA